AGAUCGACAAACAUUGUAAUACAUAUUGUUCGACAUUAAUAAUAUUACAUUUAAUAUUACAUAAUAUCACAUUUAUCAGAAUUGUGUGUCAUGUAUAUUCUGUGUCACGUUGCUUUGAGAAACUAAAAUUCGCUAGAACAGAUCAUAAUAUCAUUGCUAUGUCAAGUGAUAACGUAUCGAUAUAUCAGAUAACCAUGGUAAAGGCAUAUAAUGGUGCGUUAGUUCUGGCGGAUGUCUUGCUGCUUAUUUUAAAGAUCUUAUAUUACAUCUGCGAGAGCGUGUACAAAUUUUUUGUUCCAACAGAAGAAAAGAGUGUAGCCGGUGAGAUCGUUCUAGUAACAGGCACAGGUCAUGGUAUCGGAAAGGAGUUGGCUUUCCGUUACGCAUCACUUGGCGCAACCGUGAUAUGUUGGGAUUUGAAUCAGCAAACAAAUGAGGAAACGUUAAACGAGAUAAAAAAAACGGGCAGUAAUUCAGUUUAUGCAUAUCAAUGCGACGUAUCGAAGAGGGAACAGGUCCUUAGCGUAGCCGAGAGAGUCAAAAAGGAAGUCGGUGACGUUACUAUCCUGAUUAACAAUGCUGGUAUAAUGCCCUGCCACGCUUUCCUUGAUCACACGACCGACGAAAUUAGACGGAUCUUCGACAUUAAUGUGCUGGCCCACAUCUGGAUGUUGCAAGCGUUUCUACCAAGCAUGAUCGAAAAAAAUCAUGGCCACAUUGUUGCACUCUCGUCAUUGGCAGGACUUGGUGGCUUACCGAAUUUAGUUCCUUAUUGCGCUUCAAAAUUCGCAGUAAGAGGUCUAAUGGAAUCGAUGAGCGAGGAAUUACGAAUAUCUAGCAAAGGGAAAUCUUUAAUCAAAUUCACAACCAUUUAUCCGUACAUGGUAGACACCGGACUUUGCAAGAAACCAAAACUAAAGUUUCCGAAUGCCAUGCCGUUGGUUUCACCGGGGCAAACAGCUUCAGAAAUAAUCCAUGCGCAGAGAUGCGACUAUCGAGAGAGAUCUGUGCCUUCACUGUGGCUGUCAUUGAGCAAAGUCCUAAGAAUGUAUCCCGACAAUGCUUUACACAGCAUAAUGGACUUCAUAGACAGCGGCGUCGAGGUGUUCACCAUGAUUAUCUUAUACGAGAUUAUAUAUAUUUUGACAAAAAUAUUACAACUUCUUCUGCAAAUUCUUUACUACAUCUGUGAGAGCAUAUGUCACAAAUUAUUUGGAUUACAGGAAAAAAGUGUGGUUGGUGAAAUUGUUUUGAUAACAGGUGCUGGUCACGGUAUAGGCAGAGAGUUGGCGAUUCAAUACGCACAUUUAGGUGCGGCAGUUGUGUGUUUAGAUGUAAAUCAACAAUUAAAUGAGAAGGUAGCAAAUGAAAUCAAGGAAAUUGAAAAAAGUCCGGUUUAUGCGUACCAAUGUGAUGUAUCUAAAAGAGAACAAGUUUUCAAGAUAGCUAAAUUAAUAAAACAAGAAAUCGGUGACGUAACUAUUUUAAUUAAUAAUGCUGGUAUAAUGCCAUGUCACACAUUCCUGAAUUAUACAAGCGAUCAGAUCAGACGAGUCUUUGAUAUCAAUAUACUAGCACAUAUUUGGAUGUUAGAAGCAUUUCUACCAAGCAUGAUUGAAAAAAAUCAUGGUCAUAUUGUUGCACUCUCGUCAUUAGCAGGACUUGUAGGGAUUCCUUAUUUAGUGCCUUAUAGCGCUACAAAAUUUGCAGUCAGAGGUCUUAUGGAAACGCUUAAGAACGAAUUACGAAUAUCUAGCCAGGGAAAAUCUUUAAUCCAAUUCUCUACCAUUUAUCCUUACAUGUCAGAUACGGGACUUUGCAAAAAUCCAAAAAUAAAUAAAUCGCUUUCGAACUUUAUGCCAUUAAAUAUGCCAAAAUAUGUAGCUGCACAAAUAAUUAGUGCUCAACGGCGAAACAUAAACAAUUUUUCUGUACCUUCAUUUUGGUCAUUAAGCAUUGCAUUCAUUAGAUUGUUACCUGAAAAGGCACAAGACAGAAUAAGAGAUUUUUUAGACACUGGUGUAGAACCAGAAAGUUAAUUAAUAUGAAAAUGGUAUAAUUGUAAAUCAUCAAAUUUUUAAAGAUUUAUGAAAAAGAAAAAAAAAGAAACCAUAUGUGAUACAAUUAUAUCAAUUUUUCGUAUAUUAUUAUAUGUUAUUAUAUUGUAUUUCAUUAUAUUGUAUUUUCUAUUUUAUUAUAUAUUGUAUUUAUCCUA